AUGUCGGAUCGGUUAGUCCGUGGAGUUUGCGAGCGACAACACAUCUCAACUGUGCGCCGCUGCUGCACUUGCCGCCAUUUUGUUUAUUUUCGCGUGAUCCGCGAGCAACGAUCGCGGUAUACGGGAUCGGCCAGCGGGAAUUUCCUGUGCUGUCGAAGCACAGCGUCCAGCCGGGUCUUGAACGAAAGAGAGAGACACAGACAGACAGAGGGAGAGAGAAAGACAAGGAGAGAGUACCAAGAAGAGUCCACUACGAGGGUACAGGUGGGUUUACACAUAUACGCGAAACCGGAAGUCGUGCGCGGGUGAGUCGAUCGAGAGUGUCGGUGAAACACGAUCGAGAUUUCGUGGCGGCGACGACAGGAUUUCGCGCGCGCGAGAUCAGCCUGGAACGAGGAUAGAUUGUGUUAGAGCGGGAGGUAACCAAGAAUCGCGCGUCCGCCGUAUCCGCGGUCGGGCAAAGGGGGACGACCGUCGUCGGCGUGGUCGACGUUGAUCCGCGCCGGUAAAAACGCGCAUCUCGGAAGAGAAAAGCGCAUUUUCCGAGAGGAUCGGCGAUACAGGAGCGGGAGGGGGGAAAAGAAGAGGAGCAGGUCGGUGUGCGCGCCAGGCGCCGGAACGAGAGGCGAGAGACACGACGAUCGUCGCUGCCGUCGCCGUCGCCACUAACACCAUCACUGUCAUCCACCACACUGUACCACCACUGCUGCUCGGUUAGUGGUAGAACAGCGCACCAUCACAAACAUCGGUCGCAAACAUUGCCGCGGAACAUCGCCGUCGUCGUCGCUACUGCCCUGUCGUCGCGAAGGAUAGUCGCAGCGCAGCGAUUCGUGGCGACGCUCCGUAAAACGUGAAGGAGCACUUCGUACCUUAGAUUCGUGCAACACACAAGGGUGGAAUAUAUGCUGUGGGCGUCCCCCGUGCGAGUGGGGGCACUUGAUGGCCGCAGAAAUUGGGCGAACUGCGAGCAAACAUCUAUCGUCGGAGUGCGGUAAAUGCGGUAAAGCGACAUCGCUGUCGAGUCCCGGUAACGACGUGGAUUUCGAUAGCGGUCGUGGGGUGGAAACGGUGGAUCAGCAGCAACAGCAGCAAUCGCCACAUCCGCAGAGGCAACAUUCGCAAGAGAAGUGGGCCUGCGACCUGACCACGCAGCGUAGAAAAGCACUCGCUAAGACGACAACAACGACAACAACAACUACUACUACUAAUACUGUUACUACGACUCCGCCUAAUCGGAAUCGAGCCGCGUUAACAACCGGUAACAAUCAACAGCAACAGACACCGAUUAACGCGGAUAAGGUAACCUCGACGGCGGAGGCCGUCACCGAGGUACCCGGCGCCAUCAAGACGACCAUCAACAUCGGCUUCGCGAUGAACCACGUCAACGAUCAGGAAAACCUCAAGCAACUCAGCCUCGCGCCAGUUCAGGUUAACGAGGUCGAGGAAAUGGAUACUCAAGAGGAAACCCCAAAUGAUGGUGGAGGAGACGGAACUGACAACCGUCCUAUAAAUGGUGAACCAGAAUUAGCGUGUAUAGUACAGGACCAAGAAAUGGAGGAAGACGAGGCCAGGUCAGAAGCUACUUUUCGUUAUACUGUCGAGAAUGUAUCCAAGAUGAAGGAUUCACAGUUAUCACCUGCGUGUUACGUUCGCAACUUACCAUGGAAAAUAAUGGUGAUGCCUCGUACGAGUCAGACACAGGAAAGACAACCUCAGAGGUCGCUUGGAUUCUUCCUUCAGUGUAAUGGGGAAAGUGAAUCUACAUCGUGGAGUUGCUACGCCGUUGCCGAACUACGUCUACUGUCGUGGAAGGAAAUGCAAGAACCGUUUAGCAGAAAAAUUCAACAUCUCUUCUAUAGUAAAGAGAAUGACUGGGGAUUCAGUCAUUUUAUGACAUGGCAAGACGUUCUGGAUCCCGAAAGGGGUUAUAUAAAAGAUGAUUCGAUCACACUUGAGGUUCAUGUAGUAGCUGAUGCACCUCACGGUGUCAGCUGGGAUAGUAAAAAGCACACAGGCUAUGUAGGCUUGAAAAAUCAAGGUGCUACAUGUUAUAUGAAUUCCUUGCUGCAAACCCUUUACUUUACGAACCAAUUGCGAAAAGCUGUAUACAAAAUGCCAACGGAAAGCGACGAUUCCAGUAAGAGUGUUGCACUGGCCUUACAGAGGGUCUUUCACGAGUUACAGUUUUCUGACAAACCUGUCGGCACAAAGAAAUUAACCAAGAGUUUCGGAUGGGAAACGUUGGACUCGUUUAUGCAGCAUGAUGUUCAAGAAUUUCUACGUGUGCUGCUAGACAAAUUGGAGAGCAAGAUGAAAGGAACAUGCGUGGAAGGUACGGUGCCAAAACUGUUUGAGGGAAAGAUGGUGUCUUUUAUCAAGUGUAAAAACAUAGACUACAAAUCUACGAGGGUCGAAACGUUUUAUGAUAUACAGUUAAAUAUAAAAGGCAAAAAGAACAUUUACGAGUCUUUUAGCGAUUAUGUAAGUACGGAAAGUCUUGACGGCGAUAACAAAUACGAUGCGGGGGAACACGGAUUGCAAGAAGCAGAAAAAGGUGUUAUCUUCUCUUCGUUCCCACCGGUUUUACACUUACAUCUAAUGCGUUUUCAGUACGACCCUGUGACAGACUGCUCGGUUAAAUUUAACGACAGGUUCGAGUUUUACGAAAAAAUUAGUCUUGGUAAAUAUCUUCAAACUAAGGACGCCACAAAUGCAGACUACACGUUACACGCAGUUUUGGUCCACAGUGGUGAUAAUCAUGGUGGACAUUAUGUCGUAUUCAUUAAUCCCGCUGGUGAUGGCAAGUGGUGUAAAUUCGACGACGAUGUUGUCUCACGAUGUACAAAGCAGGAAGCAAUUGAACACAACUACGGUGGUCAAGACGAGGACAUGUCGAUGGCUGUGAAACAUUGCACCAACGCGUACAUGCUGGUUUAUAUAAAGAAUUCAGAGCUGGAAAACGUCUUGCAAGAAGUGAAGGAAGAGGAUAUACCUCAAGAGCUGGUGGAGAGGCUCCAAGAGGAGAAGAGGCUGGAACAGAUAAGAAGAAAGGAAAGAACGGAAGCAUACUUGUACAUGACCGUUAAUGUCCUUCUCGAGGAUAGCUUUGACGGUCACCAAGGAAAUGAUCUCUACGACCCAGAACACGCUUUAUAUCGCGUGUUUCGCGUACGUAAGCAGGCCACUGUGCACGAGUUUCUCGAACUACUCAGCGACAGUCUGAAAUAUCCGAUAGAACAAAUUCGUAUUUGGCCGUUCAGUCAGCGGUCAAAUCAGACCUGCAGACCGACGUUAAUCGACGCGGAUGCUGAUCAUCAAAAACCCAUUAUUGAUUGUGCCGAGAAUCACAAUCCCUGGAGUAUCUUCGUCGAGCUUGUUCCGCCCGACUCCGAUAUGACGGCGCUGCCGCCUUUUGAUAAGGAUACCGAUGUUCUACUCUUUUUCAAACUCUACGAUCCAAAAAAUAAAAAGAUCCAUUACUGCGGUCAUCACUACAUGCCUGUUGUGGCAAAAGUCCAGGAGCUUAUACCGAUCUUGAACGAACGAGCCGGAUUCCCACCUAACACAGAACUAGCCUUGUACGAGGAAAUUAAACCAAAUCUAGUUGAAAAGAUAGAUAAUCUUACAGAACCUUUAGAAAAAGUGCUUGAAGAACUGAUGGAUGGCGAUAUUAUUGUGUUCCAAAAGGAAGUGGACAACGAAAUAUAUGAACUUCCGACGUGCCGAGAAUAUUUCAAGGAUUUAUUCUAUAGGGUAGAAGUUACAUUCUGCGACAAAACAAUACCUAACGAUCCAGGUUUUACGAUGGAAUUGUCAUUGAGAAUGACGUACGAUCAAAUGGCAAAAGCUGUCGCACAGCGACUUGGCACAGAUCCGUAUCUUUUACAAUUCUUCAAAUGUCAAAACUACAAAGAUUCGCCCGGUCACCCUUUAAAGUGUACAUUCGAUGGCACUCUCAAAGAACUAGUUUCAUAUUGUAAGACAAAAAUUAAAAAAUUAUUUUAUCAGCAGCUCAGUAUUAGAGUGAACGAGUUAGAAAAUAAGAAACAAUUCAAGUGCAUAUGGGUGGGCCCAUCGCUUAAGGAAGAGAAGGAGAUUAUACUGUAUCCCAAUAAGAACGGCACUGUUGCUACUCUGCUCGAGGAGGCUAAGAAGCAAGUGGAACUAUCAGAAAACGGAUCAGGCAAACUAAGGCUGUUAGAAAUUAAUUGCAACAAACUUCUACCUGGUCCCGAGGAUGAUGCACCUUUAGACACCUUAAGCAUGUCCUGCACUAAGCUGUACAGGAUAGAAGAAGUUCCGAUGGACGAGUUGAAUCUAGCGGAAGGCGAGAUGCUGGUGCCAGUAGCGCACUUCCACAAAGAUGUCUUCUCCACGUUCGGGAUACCCUUCUUUUUCAAGAUUAAAAAUGGUGAACCUUUUCCCAAAAUGAAGGAGAGAUUGUUAAAGAAACUCGGAGUUCAGGAAAAGGAAUUCGAAAAGUUUAAGUUCGCGGUGGUGACGAUGGGCAAGCCACAGUUCAUAAUCGACUCGCCGGACUACCUUAUUAAAAUCGACGAUUUCCUUCCUAGAUAUACCAAUCAGAGUACGUCGCCGCAUAGGCCUUGGCUUGGUUUGGAACACGUCAAUAAAGCCCCGAAGCGCUCACGAAUAAACUACCUCGAGAAGGCGAUUAAAAUUUAUAACUGAAUUUCCAUACCGAGAAAAUUAAAUUAGGCAGCAACUUAUAAUAAUUUAUACAACUCUGUAUAGUAAGAGAACGACGUCUCUCUCUUUCUCUCUCUCUCUCUCUCUUCUCUCGCUCUACACACUUUGAAGAUUGGAAAAAAAACAAAUGCGUUUCAUGUAUUUAUUUCUCUUCAGCCAGAUAUAGAUACUGCGUGAUUUUAAUAAUACUGCGAGAAUGAUGGCAACAGAUAAAAAAAAAAAAAAAAAAAAAAUUCCAGGCUUCGUAUACGAUCGACGACUUAUAAGAGACUGUCGUGAGAAUAGCGUUCUACUAUUUUAUGCAUCAUGGAAGAGCGAUGAUAUAGUUCCUCGUAAUCGUAAUAAUAAAAGAUUCGUCGUCGAAUUCGUGAAGAGUUUUAUGUAAUAUGUUCUUAUGCCGUGCUUUGGCAUCAGCAAUUUUUUCGUCUAGACGUCGAGAAUGUUUAAUUAUUGUGAGGUAAAACGUAUACAUAUACGAAAAACACGCGCGUGUCUGAUGAUGAUAGCGCGGGCUUGCUCGAGGUGUUUUGCUUGAGAAUAAGUAAUGGUUUUCGAAGUAAUUUUUUUUUUGUCUGCUGAAUUUGAAUCCGACCUCAGAAUUUCUUUGUCGCGUGAGGAUUUAAUGAAGACCGCGUUUGUGCAGAGGUCACAUUCGAAUUCAGCAUACGAAAGCUAUCGGUUUAUCGAGAAAGCCUUUGCUCUCUGAAUUAUUCUCAUUCUGAAACAAAAUAAAAAACAAAUUUCCAGAAAUGCUAAAUUCGCAGGCCUGUGUUACUUACUUCUGAUAAUAAUAGAAACUAUAUUUUUUUUUGUUUUAAAUUUUAGUAAAAAAUUCUGACUUUUGUACGUCUCCCUUCUCUUCGGUCUUGUUUUUUGUGUUAAAUCUGUGCGCGUGAUCAAUACACACACACACUCAUACACACACACAUACACGAGAGGUGCUAUAUUAUGGUCUACAUGAUGUAACAUUAAUAUCUUUGUAACAUUUAGCAAAACCGAUUAUCUAUGCCUCUUUUUUAUACUAUAUGUAUUAUCGUAUUCAGGAUGUUUGAAAACGCAAAGUAUUAACUGUUUAAUAAUGCACAUAAACAGAGAAGCGCGAUGCGAACUUGUGAAAUUUUUGUGACGUGAUCUUAUUCGGAUUCUAUAAUAUUUAAUGAGCCUAUUCGCAAUUCAAAAUGUUACUUGGGAGUCUUUUGAUAUGUUCUUCACAUUUCGACUAAAAUAUGAAGAAUUGUCCCACAACGCAAUGUAAAUUGUCAUCUCAUUUUCUUUUCCUUUUUUUUUUUUUUUUAUAGUUCCAAGUUCGUUUGAUCCUGACAAGAUUCGCCGUGUUUUCGUUUCGUUUUGUUUUUCCUUUACGCUUGUGUAAAUCGAACACAUUAUGUGACCGACAAGAGGCGAAUCGUCAACGAAUUUGGAAAAGACUAAAGACGUAGAAUUAAAGAGUGCGUACGUACAGCUGAAACUUCAACAAAGUUGCUUUCCAAACACCCUGGAAUAUUAAUUACCCUUUUGCGUUUAAAUAUAAUUUUUGCGUGUUGUAUUUCGUAUAUAUAUAUAUAUAAUUUUUUUUUUUUAUUGAAAUUUAUUUGAUCGGCGAAACAAAAAGAGAUUAUUAUUCUUUCUCGAUAUUUUUCAAAUGAAGAAAUUAUAUGAGAUUUGAAAAACACACUAAAAAGAAAAAACAGAAAAACGAGCUUGAGCAAACUGUACAUUGUAAUAUAUAUUUGAAGCUUUUCCUUCUCUUUUCGUUUUCUUUUUCUGCAAAGAGCGGCGGCGAUUGAUAGAAACGUGAUUGUUCCGCGGUCUCUCCUUUGGGGAGUGAAUGAAAAGAAAACACUUUGAUGUGCGAUCAUAAAAUCACUCGAAUAUUAUCUAAUCUCUCGAUUUGAUCAAUGUAGCAAUUCGUACGUUUUUCUUUUUAUACAUCGUAUAUAUUUAAUUUAAAAAAAAAAAAAAAAAAAAAGCAGUUAAAUAGAAAACACAGAGAUCUCGCGUACGGUGUGAAUGAGUACUUUUAUUAGCAAGGUAACCCUGUGUCGCGAUAUUAUAUAAGAUCUCUUUUUCUCUCUUCUGCUAUUUUGCGCAUCUUUGUUCAUCAUUUUUCUACGCCUUACUGUGAUCAUCAUCAAAUCGACCUUAGCCAACCAAUGUAUUUAAAACGCCGGUAAUUAAAAAAAUCCCGAAAUAGCGUAAUUUGUAAAUGCCAACGAGAAAAUACCGAGAGAGCUUUCUACGUGGAUUGAUUAAAAUAAAAUUUCUUUUUAUGUGUUGAGGAACUGUUUAUUACACGAUCGUCAAGUUCUUCUUCACUUGAGAUCCGUCAAGUCCAUAAAAUCUUUAAAGACGUAGUCAUGAGGUACAACUAGGUACAAUUUAUUUUGAACUUUUAAAACUGUAGAGAUUGCGAUUUAUGGGAACACCCAAAAAAAAAAAAAAAAAAAAAAAAA